UUGUGUUAGUCGAUUUUUUUAAUUAUUAUUCUAGGUUAUGUUUAAGAGCCGAGCCGAGAUAGUUUGUUUUAAUAUGAUGUUGAUAAGGUAAUGUUAAACGUGUGAUUGAAAAUAAUGGGGAGGCACGACAGAAGUCCUGAAAAUAGAAGACGGAGGUCCAGAUCCCGCGAUCGUAAAUCCAGGUCCAAGGAGAGGAGGUCAAGAUCCAGAGAGAAGAGAUCUAGGUCCAGGACAAGAACUAAGGAAAGGUACUCUCCGAAGAGGGAGCACCACAAGCAUUCACACUUUCAUCAUAAGCAAGAGAAUGAUCAUGGAAAGUAUGGUAGAUCAUCUCAGAAGAGUCACCACAAGAGUUUGACUCAGGAAGAGGAGUUUCUAGAGUCAAGGAGACAGGAACGUGAGAUGCUGGGAUUGCAGGAGUGCCAGCACAUCUGGGGCAUGUCUCCACCACCUAUUGAGCCUUGUUCAGAAGAGGAGGUCAAGCAAACAGAGAAAAGUGUAGGUAAGGUGAAGAAGAAAAAGAAGAAGGAAAAGAAGAGCAAGAAGUCUAAGAAGAACAAGAAGGAAAAGAAAAAGAAGAAGAAAAGGAAGGUAUCUUCUAGUGAGGAUGAUGACAGCAGCUCAUCAGAACAGGAUCAAUGGAUUGAGAAGUCAGUUGCCGAAAAGAAAAAGAAGAUAUAUUCCAGCGACGAGUCCGAUAAUGAUGAAGAGUUGGACGAUAGCCUCGUGGGUCCUCAAUUGAAGUCGCAUAGCCAGUUGACCCAUAAAGAAAUGGGUAAAGCCCUUCUGCCAGGUGAGGGAGCGGCGAUGGCAGCUUACGUGGCAGAUGGAAAACGUAUUCCCAGGAGAGGCGAGAUAGGCCUCACCUCAGACGAAAUCGCUACGUACGAGUCGCAGGGCUACGUCAUGUCCGGAAGCAGGCACAGGCGCAUGGAAGCCGUCCGUAUCCGCAAGGAAAACCAGAUUUAUUCCGCCGACGAGAAACGGGCGUUGGCCAUGUUCAGCAAGGAGGAACGCUCCAAGAGGGAGAACCUUAUCCUCGGCCAAUUCAAGGACAUGAUUAGCUCCAAAUUGGCCGACAAGAACAAUUGAUUUGUACAUAACGAGAAAGCAAUUUAAAUAAACGAAAGAUGUUGAAACGCC